AUGAGAUGUGGGUUGUGCCAAGGCGGGCAUCAUACUGAUCAGUGCCCAAGUCUUCAAGGACCACCUGUGGAAGAUGUGAACUAUAUUGGCAACAAUCGCCAAGGGUUCAAUCAGGGUAACCAAUACAACAAUCAGCAAAAUUGGAGGCCUCAACAAACGGGAUGGAAUCAGGCUGGUCCUAGCAACAACUCGGGAAAUCAAUGGAGGAACAACACUCAACCACCGGGUUAUGAGAAGAAGCCAACCGUCGAGGAUCAGUUGGGGCAGAUUCUCUCUUUCAUGACUAAGAGUCAAAAGGAGAACGAAAAUUUCAAGGAAAGGACGGUGGAAAAGUUUGGGCAAAUGGAUGCGACAAUGAGGAAUCUUGAGACUCAAAUUGGGCAGCUUGCCACGGCAUCACACACGAGGAUUCCUAACACUAUCCCGAGUAAUACUGUACCUAAUCCGAGAGGUAAUGAACAGUGCAAAACAGUGGUCUUGAGAAGUGGUCGUGAGUUGGAUUCGACACCAUCAAUGGACGGCCAAGAGAAGAAGGGAAAGCAGAAAGUAGAGAUGGGAUCAAAGGGACAGCUGAUGACAAGUCCGGCAUUAGACCCGAAAAGCAAGUUCAACUUCCCUGAUCACAUUCCUCCUCCACCAUAUCCACCGAAGAGGAAGAAGAGAGCUCCAAAGGAGAAAAGCUUCGAGUGGAUGAUGAACGUGAUUCGAAAAGUGAAUGUGGAUGUAUCGUUGGUGGACCUCUUCACUAAUUUCCCCAAGUUCUCCAAAUUUUUCAAGGAUAUGAUGGCAAAUAAGGAGAAAUUGCAAGAUGAGGGGAUAGUGGCUUUGAGCAUGAAUUGCUCACAACUGAUUUCGGGAAUGAUGCCCAUGAAGAAAAACCGUCAUCAUUGA